AUGGACAUGGGCGAUCUGCGCAACCACCUCUCGCAGACAACCCCCGAGACGUAUCAGUGGGAUGAGAAGGUCCAGUGCAUCCACAGCAUCGUCGAAGGGCUUGUCUACCUCCACUCGCUCGACAUCAUCCAUCGGGACAUGAAGUCCAAGAACGUGCUUCUCGACUCGAAGAAGGGCACCAAGCUCUCGGACUUUGGCGUCUCGCGCGAAGACACGCAAGAGACUAUGACAGUCGGCGUCGGGACCUACCGCUGGAUGGCGCCCGAGAUCCUCCGCGAAGGCCACUACACGGUGGCCGCCGACAUUUACUCGUUCGGGAUGAUCCUGACCGAGUUUGGGUCGCACAUGAUUCCACGGGCAAGGCGCUCGUGGACACGGCGCUGA